CAGCGUGCCUCGCGGCCCCUCGCUCAGCCUCCUUCCGGCAGUGGUUCUGAUGGUCGGAUUGUGUGUGUGGUUGGAGCGACUCUCCGGGAAAGAUGCAGGAACUCAUCGCCUGUGUGGAUCAUAUCCGCUUCGACCUGGAGCUGGCUGUGGAGCAACAACUGGGGGCCCAGCCGCUCCCCUUCCCCGGCAUGGACAAAUCCGGGGCUGCUGUUUGUGAGUUCUUCUUGAAAUCCGCAUGUGGCAAAGGUGGAACAUGUCCUUUUCGACACAUAAGUGGGGAGAAAACAGUGGUGUGCAAGCACUGGUUACGAGGGCUUUGUAAGAAGGGUGACCAGUGUGAAUUUCUACAUGAGUAUGACAUGACCAAAAUGCCAGAGUGCUACUUCUACUCCAAGUUUGGUGAGUGCAGCAACAAGGAGUGUCCAUUUUUACACAUUGACCCAGAAUCAAAGAUAAAAGAUUGUCCUUGGUAUGAUCGAGGCUUCUGUAAACAUGGUCCUCUGUGCAGACAUCGGCAUACACGCAGAGUUAUAUGUGUCAACUAUUUGGUGGGAUUUUGUCCAGAAGGCCCUGGCUGUAAAUUUAUGCACCCACGUUUUGAAUUACCUAUGGGUGCGACUGAACAACCUCCUCUACCUCAGCAAACACAGCACCAGCAAAAGCAAAAUAAUAUCCAGACACAACAGAGAUCGUCCUCUCUUAUACAAUUAACAAGUCAGAGCUCACCAGGUCAGCAACGUUCUCCACAGACAAUAGGAGUCAUGCAAGUACAGAGCAACAAUACUGGAAAUCGGGGUCCUAGGCCACUUGAUCAGGUCACCUGCUAUAAGUGCGGCGAGAAAGGACAUUAUGCCAACAGAUGUACAAAAGGCCAUUUGGCAUUUUUAAGUGGCCAGUGACAGGAGUUCGAUAUUUGUGGAUCCAUUCGUUUAAGGAAUGCAGAUGUUCUUAGGUGGACACUGGGGUUUAUUUUUUUACAUAUAAUUUUAACUAGUCCUGGAACUACUACUACUACUACUUCUGUAAAUAACUGGGCAGGCUUCUGAUGAUUACAAUGAACAAUUUCUAACACAAACUUUUUGUUCGUCAGUUACCAAAAGCUAUUUUGGCGUUUACCUUUUUUUUAAAUAAAUGGUGUACAUUUACCCAG